AUUGAAUUCUGAUGAGCAAACAAGGAAAUUCAUAAGAUUAUGAUUGGCUGGUUAAGGUUAUUGUGAUUGGUGAUUCAGGAGUGGGUAAGACAAAUAUUUUGUCUUAAUUUUGUGAUGCAAAGUUUUCGAUUACUCACAUGGCCACUUUGGGAGUGGAUUUUAAGAUAAAGACCAUUGAUGUAGAUGGGAAGAAGCUGAAAUUGUAAAUUUGGGACACUGCAGGAUAGGAGCGAUUCAGAAACAUUACAAAAACGUAUUACAAGGGAGCAUAAGGAGUAGAAAUAAUUAUUAAAUGUAGGUGAUCUUAACAUAUAGUGUAAUUGAUAGACAAUCGUUUUAGAAUGUGGAUGGAUGGUUGAGGGUAAGAGAAGUUUAAUUAUGAAAAGUCAAUACAAGAGAAUACGAAUUCGAAUGAUGUGCAAUUGGUGUUGGUGGGUAAUAAGGCUGACAUGUCUGCAGAAAGAUAGGUAACUCUGGAAGAAGGCAAGAAGAUGUCUUAGCAAUACAACAUUCCAUUCUUUGAGACUUCAGCUAAGAGCAACAUGAACAUCAACGAAGCAUUCAACAAUUUGGCUUAUAGAAUCAUUUAAACACUAUCUAAGAUGCAAGCUAGUGAUGAGAAAUAAAUCCACAAUUUAAAGUUCCCCGAGGGAAAGGAGAAACCCAAAUCUGAAGUAUUAUAUUUAGAUUUGAUUAAUAGAGCUGUUGCUGAUAUUAUAAAUUUAUUAGACAAGAAUUAAUAUAUUUUUGC